GAAAAACAAUGAUUAGAAAGAGGCUUUUGCGUCUGCUGGAUUCUGCUGUUUCUAAACUCCCCAAGUCUUCGUCGCGAUGGACUUGGGCUGCAGUGCUCCAGCUUAGCUUGACUGAACGUGGGACUAACUGGCGUCACCCCACGUUGACCUAAAACUUCCCAUCUGCGUGGGAAGCAGAACUCGUUCUUGGGAAGCUCCUGUGCCCCGAUGUAGAAGAGAAAGCGGAUUGGACAUCUUGAAAGGUGAGGGUCACCUUUGAGCCAGGGGUUCCUGGGCUCCUCUGACUUCUCACCUCCAGGAUGAGCACUGCUGUGUCGUGACCCUGGGGGUUUGGGGUGCCCUGGAGAUGCGAGAUUUUCCUUUGGCGGCAGGAGGCACACACCCAGAGGAUGCUGGAGCUGCGAGGGGAGAGGACCCACUUCCACAGCGGAGGAAAACAAAGAGGAAAAAGGCACCGAGGCGGCCAGCGCUGAGGGGCGCCCCCUGCUCGCAGUGGGCCACUGCCACUGCCCUGCGCAGCUGUUCCUGCUGCCGCCCGAGAGGAACUCGGGGAGCCCGUCCUGCCUGUGACUGCCAGCUCAGGAUUUCAAUCAAUGCAUUCCAGUAACCCCAAAGUGAGGAGCUCCCCAUCAGGAAACGCACAGAGUAGCCCUAAGUCAAAGCAGGAGGUGAUGGUCCGUCCCCCCACAGUGAUGUCCCCAUCUGGAAACCCCCAGCUGGAUUCCAAAUUCUCCAACCAGGGUAAACAGGGGGGCUCAGCCAGCCACUCCCAGCCAUCCCCCUGUGACUCCAAGAGUGCGGGCCAUACCCCUAAAGCGCUCCCUGGCCCAGGUGGGAGCAUGGGGCUGAAGAAUGGGGCUGGAAAUGGUGCCAAGGGCAAGGGGAAAAGGGAGCGAAGUAUUUCCGCCGACUCCUUUGAUCAGAGAGAUCCUGGGACUCCAAACGAUGACCCUGACCUGAAAGAAUGUAAUUCUGCUGACCACAUAAAGGCCCAGGACUCACAGCACACACCACACUCGAUGACCCCGUCAAAUGCUACGGCCCCCCGGUCUUCUCCCCCCUCCCAUGGCCAGACUACUGCCCCAGAGCCCGCAGCUGCUCAGAAGACUCCAGCCAAAGUGGUGUAUGUGUUUUCUACUGAGAUGGCCAAUAAAGCCGCCGAAGCGGUGCUGAAGGGCCAGGUGGAAACAAUCGUCUCUUUCCACAUCCAGAACAUCUCCAACAGCAAGGCAGACCGAAGCACAGCCCCUCUGAACACACAGAUAUCUGCCCUUCGGAACGAUCUGAAACCUCUCCCACAACAGCCCCCAGCUCCGGCCAACCAAGACCAGAAUUCUUCCCAGAAUGCCCGGCUGCAGCCAACACCACCCAUUUCGGCACCAGCACCCAAGCCUGCCGCGCCCCUGCGUCCCCUGGACCGGGACAGUCCCGGGGCAGAAAACAAACUGCUUCCUUCGGUGGGCAGUCCUGCCAGCUCCACUCCACUGCCCCCAGAUGGCACUGGGCCCAACUUGACGCCCAACAACCGAGCGGUGACCCCCGUCUCGCAGGGGAGCAGUAGCUCCUCAACAGAUCCCAAAGCCCCGCCGCCUCCUCCACUGCCCAGUGCAGAGCCCCCCGCCCUGGGGGAGAACCCCGAUGGCCUGUCUCAGGAGCAGCUGGAGCACCGGGAGCGCUCCUUACAGACGCUCAGAGACAUCCAGCGCAUGCUUUUCCCCGAUGAGAAGGAAUUCACAGGACAAAGUGGGGGGCCCCAGCAGAAUCCUGGGGUAUUAGAUGGGCCUCAGAAAAAACCGGAAGGGCCGAUACAGGCCAUGAUGGCUCAGUCUCAAAGCCUAGGGAAGGGACCUGGGCCCCGGACAGAUGUGGGAGCUCCAUUUGGCCCCCAAGGACAUAGAGAUGUGCCCUUCUCUCCAGAUGAAAUGGUUCCGCCUUCCAUGAACGCUCAGCCUGGGCCCAUGGGCCCCGACCACCUGGAUCACAUGACCCCUGAGCAGAUAGCCUGGCUGAAGCUGCAGCAGGAGUUCUAUGAGGAGAAGAGGAGGAAGCAGGAGCAGGUGGUGGUGCAGCAGUGCUCCCUCCAGGACAUGAUGGUCCAUCCGCACGGGCCUCGGGGGGUGGUCCGGGGGCCGCCCCCUCCAUACCAGAUGGCCCCCGGUGAAGGCUGGGGGCCUGGGGGUGCAGAGCCGUUUGCUGAUGGGAUCAACAUGCCGCAUUCUCUGCCCCCGAGGGGCAUGGCUCCCCACCCCAAUAUGCCAGGGAGCCAGAUGCGCCUCCCAGGCUUCGCAGGGAUGAUCAACUCUGAAAUGGAGGCGCCCAGUGUCCCCAACCCAGCAUCGAGACCAGGUCUUUCUGGAGUCAGUUGGCCGGAUGAUGUGCCAAAAAUCCCAGACGGUCGGAACUUCCCGCCUGGCCAGGGCAUCUUCAGCGGCCCCGGCCGAGGGGAGCGCUUCCCGACCCCCCAGGGCUUGUCUGAGGAGAUGUUUCAGCAGCAGCUGGCAGAGAAGCAGCUGGGCCUCCCUCCGGGGAUGAGCAUGGACGGCAUCAGGCCCAGCCUGGACAUGAACAGGAUGAUCCCCGGCUCCCAGCGACACAUGGAAUCGGGGAACAAUCCCAUUUUCCCUCGGAUCCCAGUGGAGGGCCCUCUGAGUCCUUCCAGGGGGGACUUUCCAAAAGGAAUGCCCCCGCAGAUGGGCCCUGGGCGGGAACUGGAGUUUGGGAUGGUUCCUGGUGGGAUGAAGGGAGAUGUCAGUCUGAACGUCAACAUGGCAUCCAACUCUCAGAUGAUACCUCAGAAGCUGAGAGAGGCUGGGGCGGGCCCCGAGGAGAUGAUGAAACUGCGCCCCGGGGGCGCGGACUUGCUGCCCGCUCAGCAGAAGAUGGUGCCCCUGCCGUUCGGGGAGCACCCUCAGCAAGAGUAUGGCAUGGGCCCCAGGCCGUUCCUCCCCAUGUCUCAGGGUCCAGGCAGCAGCAGUGGCUUGCGGAAUCUCAGAGAAUCCAUCGGGCCCGACCAAAGGACUAACAGCCGGCUCAGUCACAUGCCACCACUACCUCUCAACCCUUCCAGCAACCCCCCGAGCCUCAGCACCGCUGCUCCGGUCCAGCGUGGCCUGGGGCGGAAGCCCUUGGAUAUCUCUGUGGCAGGCGGCCAGGUGCACUCCCCGGGCAUUAACCCCCUGAAGUCUCCCACGCUGCGCCAGGUCCAGUCCCCGAUGCUGGGCUCGCCCUCCGGGAACCUCAAGUCCCCCCAGACUCCAUCGCAGCUGGCAGGCAUGCUGGCGGGCCCAGCUGCUGCUGCUUCCAUUAAGUCCCCCCCUGUCUUGGGGUCUGCUGCUGCUUCGCCUGUUCACCUCAAGUCUCCGUCACUUCCUGCCCCGUCGCCCGGAUGGACCUCCUCUCCGAAACCUCCCCUCCAGAGCCCCGGGAUCCCUCCAAACCAUAAAGCGCCCCUCACCAUGGCCUCCCCGGCCUUGCUGGGAAGCGUGGAGUCAGGUGGCCCCCCGCCGCCCACAGCCAGCCAGCCUGCCCCUGUGAAUCUGCCGGGCAGCCUCCCUUCCAGCACACCGUACACCAUGCCUCCAGAGCCGACCCUGUCCCAGAACCCGCUGUCCAUCAUGAUGUCUCGAAUGUCCAAGUUUGCAAUGCCCAGCUCUACCCCGUUAUACCACGACGCCAUCAAGACCGUGGCCAGCUCGGACGACGACUCCCCUCCCGCUCGUUCUCCCAACUUGCCAUCCAUGAAUAACAUGCCAGGACUGGGCAUUAAUACACAGAAUCCUCGAAUUUCAGGUCCAAACCCCGUGGUCCCGAUGCCAACCCUCAGCCCAAUGGGAAUGACCCAGCCGCUUUCUCACUCCAAUCAGAUGCCGUCUCCGAAUGCCAUGGGGCCCAGCAUACCUCCUCACGGGGUCCCCCUGGGGCCGGGCUUGAUGUCCCACAAUCCUCUCAUGGGGCACGGGUCCCAGGAGCCUCCGAUGGCACCUCAAGGACGGAUGGGCUUUCCCCAGGGCUUCCCUCCAGUACAGUCUCCUCCCCAGCAGGUUCCUUUCCCCCACAACGGCCCCAGUGGGGGGCAGGGCAGCUUCCCAGGAGGCAUGGGUUUCCCCGGAGAAGGCCCCCUGGGCCGCCCCAGCAACCUGCCCCCGAGUUCAGCAGACGCAGCACUUUGUAAGCCUGGAGGCCCGGGGGGGCCUGACUCUUUCGCUGUCCUGGGGAAUAGCAUGCCUUCAGUGUUUACAGACCCAGACCUGCAGGAGGUCAUCCGACCUGGAGCCACCGGCAUCCCCGAGUUUGAUCUGUCUCGCAUCAUUCCCUCGGAGAAGCCCAGCCAGACGCUGCAGUAUUUCCCUCGCGGGGAAGUCCCAGGCCGCAAACAGCCCCAGGGGCCCGGGCCUGGCUUUUCGCACAUGCAGGGGAUGAUGGGCGAGCAAGCCCCCAGGAUGGGACUGGCAUUACCUGGCAUGGGAGGUCCAGGGCCCGUGGGAACUCCAGACAUCCCUCUUGGCACAGCUCCGUCCAUGCCAGGCCACAACCCAAUGAGACCACCAGCCUUUCUCCAGCAAGGCAUGAUGGGACCGCACCAUCGGAUGAUGUCACCAGCACAAUCUGCAAUGCCCGGCCAGCCCGCCCUGAUGAGCAAUCCAGCUGCUGCCGUGGGCAUGAUUCCUGGCAAGGAUCGGGGACCGGCCGGGCUCUAUCCCCACCCUGGGCCUGUGGGCUCUCCGGGCAUGAUGAUGUCCAUGCAGGGCAUGAUGGGACCCCAACAGAACAUCAUGGUCCCCCCACAGAUGCGGCCCCGGGGCAUGGCCGCUGACGUGGGCAUGGGUGGAUUCGGUCAAGGACCUGGCAACCCAGGAAACAUGAUGUUUUAAGCUGCUACGAUUGGAUGUGCCGAUCCUCGUCCGGAUGAGAUUUCAGUCCUGAGGGCUGCGUAGGGGCCCCAGGAGACUGUCGGUCAUGCAAUAGGAGAACAGAGACCCGAGGGCUGCUUUGGGGGAGGGGGGAACUCGAGAAUGUAUGGAUUUACCAGAAAACAAAUGAUUCAUUUAAUCAACAGGUGUGUGUUUUUUAAGAUUUAUUUUUUAAAGAUUAUUUUUGUGGACUUGGGUAUCCCAUGAUGGCACCUCCUUUUGGGAAUCUGUAGCCGUGCUUUAGAAUCGCCAUCGGUCACGUGUUGCACCGUUCUCUGUAUGUUUACGUCCUUUGGACUGGCUUCUCCCAGGAUUCUUUUCUGGUUUUGUUUUCGCUUUGGGCUUUAUUUUUGCGUGUACUGUACUAUAUUGUAAAAGGGAUUUUAGCAGAGACGAAAGUCUUUGGGACGCGAGGAGAACAGGAUGCUGGGCUGUUUACUUUAGGUGGAGAAUCCAUCUUCAGACCUUUGGACUAUUUUCAACUCCAGUGUACAGAAAAACCAAACUACGACCUCAGAGCAGAGUAUUAAUGAAAAGCACAAAAAAAGGAACUAAGUUCAGCGAGGGGUGGGGGGAGGGGGAAAUAUUUUCUUUUUAAAAAUCAUGACAUUUAGGACAUUUUGUUUUUCAGUUCAAGAGUCUUCAGCACUGUCUCCCCCGUCUGCAAACCCACCGUCCGUUCUCUCGUUUUCCCUCCCCUCCUUCCCACCUCCUUGGUUAGCGUUUCCUUCCCUCGUGUCCCCAGGGGCUGCCCCUGCUUCCCUCUUCUCUGUCCCCUUUGGCAGCUGCAAUACACGGUGUUAUUUUGGGGAAGUAACCUGACAGACUCCUUCAUGCCGGCGGCCUCCUGGCUUCGGGGGGAAGCCCGUCUUUGGAAUCUCCAAGGUCUUUCCCUUCGUCUUUUCUUCCCCAGUAUACCUUGCUUUUUGUUCUCCUUUUAUUAGGAAUUCCCAAGUGAAUUUUAUUAAUGUGGGAGUGGAACAGAUGCUAAAAGCUACCCAGGAUUUUGUUUUUAAUUUUGUGGUUCCUCCCCUCCCCGCUCCCAUGCGUAAAACGUUCUGUGUAACCUCCAUUAAAUUUGGUACAAAACCACUCACCAGAGCUGUGGUGUCAGAAAAUAAAUAUAUUGUUUCUUACAAAAGU